AUGCAAAGUUACAAGGCCAGUAGUUAUAAAUUUGGUGAAGUGGGGCACAGCCUGUGGGUGGUGCACUGCGCGGACAAGACACCGGAGGAGGAAUGUGUGGUCAGCAGGUACCGCCGUAAGAUGGUUCUCUCACAGCUGGUGCAGUUCCUUGCCGCCCUUCAGCUGCCUAAAUGGCACGAGGUCAGGCUGGCGGCCGGGUUAAGGCAGGUCGUCACUCCCUACGACCACACGGAGAUGCCCUGGAUUAUCCUCCUGCACGACUCCGCCUCCCGCAGUCGUGUGAUGACCUUCGUGCCCCAUUUGGCACAGCUCCUGCAUGGCACUGCUGCAACACUCACCCUUGAUUUAGAACAGGAAGGCGUCGGUGUCUUGGCUGAUCUUGGUCUCUCUUUGUCGAACGUCGUUGCUCCUGCCAUGGCUAUCCUGCAGCCGCCGCACCUCAGGAAACCCACGGCGACGGUGCCUCUGCUGAACGACUACGACGACCCUCUGGAAUGGCUAAACGACCAGCUGGACGACCUCCAGAUCCAACCCCUACUUAGCAAGGAGGAGCAGGGUUACGUCCCCGUCGAGUCCCUAGAGUUGCAACAGGACGACGAACUCGUGCAAGAGAUGGUCCCUGAAGAGAGGUUGUUGCACGUGCCAGCUCUCGAAGGUCCCGAGGCACUCACCGCUGCCCUUGCGCCCUCGCCCUCUCGUACACUCACUGCCCUGGCCUUUACGCUGCACUGGGAUCCCGUGAGCAACAUUCUCCUGCAACACCUGGACAGCAUCCUCCCUCAACUCCACGAGCUGGGCAGCCACGCCUCCCUCUACCGCGUCAACUGCUUCGACUGGCCCAAGGUGUGCGACGCCAACGGGAUCUCGACCUAUCCCGUGCUGCGCCUCCACCCGAAGGGCGCCAACAACAUCACCUACGACGGCGCCAUCAGUGGGGCCAGCAUCCUCAAGGCGAUCCUGCUCUGCGAAGGAUCGACGCCUUUGGAAGUGACGUCAGGAGAGGUGCUGGAGGAACUGCUUCGUCUCUCGCCCUCCUUGCAUCCUGCCCUCGCCCUCCCCUCGCCUCCUGCCGUGGCUGUGGGCGUGUUUGCGACUCUCAGAGACUAUAAGGAUAUGGUAACGAACGCGGCCGGAGUAACACAGGCGGCAGCGAUAUUACGAGGAACCCACUUGGUAGCUCGUCACAUUUCUCCUGCCGCCACGUCCUCAAUGUAA